UGUAGCUCGGAAUGAAAAUAAGUGGAAAUGAUUGUUCAAUUCGCCACAAAAGAAGACCUUAAGAGACACUAUGGAUUGUCAUUGGCCAUAUUUCUUAAUCUAGUGACUGGAAGACCCAGCUUAACGUCAUCUCUCCAUAUAAACGACACUUGACCCAACUGUUCUGUUUCCCCUCUCCCGUCAACUCUCUCUUCACAAUAGUUCCUUUUGAGGCAUUUCAUUCCUGACUUCAAAAAUUCAUUACACUGGUCAUCCUGUUUAUUGUUACCAGCUAUGCCUGGAGGAAAAGACCAGCUUCGAACCUGGUGGAAGGAGAGUUCCGUGUACCAAAUCUACCCCUCCUCGUUUCAAGACUCUAACGGCGAUGGAAUUGGUGAUCUUAAAGGAGUCAUAUCCCGAGUACCUUAUCUUAAGGAUCUUGGAGUAGACAUUGUCUGGCUGUCUCCUAUCUGCAAGAGCCCUCAAGUUGAUAUGGGCUACGAUGUCAGCGACUACAAAGCAAUCCAUCCCCCCUAUGGAGAUCUAUCGGAUGUUGAAAAGCUUCGAGAUGAGCUCCAUAGCCGUGGUAUGAAACUCGUUAUGGACCUAGUCAUGAACCACACAAGUGACCAGCAUGAGUGGUUCCAACAGUCCAGAAAGUCCAAAGACAAUGAAUUCCGCGACUGGUACAUCUGGCGCCCCCCUCGAUAUGAUGCCCAAGGAAACCGUCAACCCCCAAACAACUGGGAAAGUCAUUUUCAAGGCAGCGCGUGGGAGUAUGACGAAGCCACCGAUGAGUACUACUUGCGGCUCUUCUGCAAGGAGCAGCCUGAUCUGAACUGGGAGAAUCCCAAAGUACGAGCUGCUGCUCAUGAUGUGAUACGCUUCUGGCUGGACCGUGGAGCCGAUGGCUUCCGCAUAGAUGUCAUCAACUUCAUCAGCAAGGACCAGUCUUUCCCAGACUCUAACAAACCCGUUCUGAGGGGAUCAGAGCAUUACGCUUGCGGGCCUCGGCUCCAUGAAUAUCUCAAAGAGAUUGGUGUCAUCCUCAAAGAAUAUGAUGCCUUCAGCGUCGGCGAAAUGCCAUGCGUUCAGGAUGAGAAAGAGCUGAUCAAAGCCGUUGCGGCUGACCGUGACGAGUUGAGCAUGAUUUUCCACUUUGAGCUGGUUGAUAUUGAUCACGGGCCUGGGGGCAAGUUUUCUCCACGCUCAUGGAAGCUCACUGAUCUAAAGGCAACAACAGCCAAGUGGCAACGAUUCAUGUAUGACAACAACGGUUGGAAUGCAUUGUAUCUCGAAAACCACGAUCAGCCUCGCUCUAUCAGCCGCUUUGCCAGUGACUUACCAGAGCAUCGCGAAAACAGUGCCAAGCUAAUCGCUCUGUUUAUGGGCUUCCAGGCGGGAACUCCUUUUAUCUAUCAAGGUCAAGAAAUCGGCAUGACCAAUGUUCCCAAAGGCUGGCCGAUGGAUGAGUAUCAGGACGUUGAUUGUCUGAACCAUUGGGCACUCCAACAAGGCAAGGAUGAAACUACCAAGGCCGCCUUCAGAAUCGAAUACCAGAAGAAGUCAAGAGAUAAUGCUCGAACACCCAUGCAAUGGGAUCGCUCUGCUCAUGCAGGUUUCACUGAUGGUCCUAAGCCAUGGAUGCGGGUUAACAACAACUUUGCCGAGAUAAACGCUGCAUCUCAAGUCACAAACCCCAACUCUGUAUACCAUAUUUGGCGCCAAGUCCUUGAAAAACGCAAAUUGUUGAAAGACGUAUUCGUUUACGGAGACUUUGCUUUAUUGGAUGAAGGAAACGAUAAAGUGUUUGCCUAUAUCCGCAAGGCCGCUAGUGGUCAGUCUGGUCUCGUUGUGGCCAACUUCUCAGGCGACAGUGUUUCUUGGGAGUGGGCUGGAAAUGCCGUCGAAGUCAUUUUGUCACCAAAUGGUAAGACCAAGGCCGAUGUUAACUCUGGAAAAAUCGAUUUACAGCCUUAUGAGGCUAUUGCGUUGCUUCUGCAGCAUUAAAGUCGCAGAUUAUACUGGUUUACAUGAUCAAUAUACUCUUCAUAUUUGAUUACUAUGCACCGCCCCCAUAUCAACUGCGCCUAUGUCGUAUAAAUAUCGUCAUGAACCAUGAUGCCAAUGGUUUUACUGUCUUCCAAGACUUCUAUUGCGUCGUCUUCACCUACAUCCAAGUCUUCCAUUAUCAAACGUAUGCCUAGUUCGCCAACAAGGACGCAUUGGAUAAAUGCUGCAGAACCUCUAGCUGCAAUAACUUCAUCCUUUAGCACCCUGGCCUUUAGUUCAGUGCUAAAUUCUCGAACCAGGUAGUCACUCAUGGCGGUCAACCCACGAGGUCCAUAGUACCCAGGGUUCAUGUUAUCAUCUUCUUUCAUCAUUCGCCUUUUUCCAGCGUUGAUUGACUGCUCGUGCGCACGGCGGAAGUAUGAAGGCGAGCCGUCAAUAAUUCCAAGCAAGUCUGACCUGAAUCUUCCAAAACGAUUCUCAAUAUUCUUCCAGUCUACCUUCGGAUAGCCUUUUUGCUUAUAGACAGAUUCGGCAGUAUGCCUUUUAUGCUUUCGGCAGAACGUUGUCUGCAUAUUUACUGUCAGAUGUUGUCUCCCCUUUGAGAAAUCGUCCAAGAGCUGCCUGUCCACCUCUUCGCCACACCAUGGACACGUUGCUUCUUGUAAAUCAGCUGCAUAUUUAUCCUUCGCAGCAAGUCCUGGAGUGUCAUCUUCGGAGUCGAACUCUGACAGCGUUCUAUCGACAAACUCGCCGCCACCGUCUCGUAUAGGCACGUCUAUGAAGUCUGUUGGCAGUCUGAAUAUGGCCUUAGGCGAUGAUUUUCUCCGUGAGGGUUCAUCUUUGUAUUUGUUUGCCUUUGCAAGGCGCAGCUUUUCUUCAUCAGAGCUAAAGUCGUCGUCCAGGUUCGCAUCAAUGCUCUUGAAUUGGGGGCCAGCGUCCGGCGAGGACGAUAAGGCGUCGGGCAUUGAGAAUGCCCGUGCCUUUUUCUUUGGAGGUGAGUUGAGUGGACUCGGUACUCGUAUCUUUUUAAACUUCUUGGGGGGAG